UAUGGGAGAGGUUUUUAUGCAAAGGAAAAUCUGAGGAAUCCUUGCAUUCAUGCAGACUGUGAUCUUUCCGUAGUAGCUGAUCUCAAAGCUUAGGCAGCCAAAACUGGAUGGCUUCUAAUGCAAAUCUCAGGCUGGACAAAGGAACUCUGCUGGAGGAUGGAAUGCCAGCUGCGAAGAAGCCUAGGAAACUGUUGCCAAGUCUAAAAUGCAAAAAGCCCCAGGAUCUAGUCCUGGUGAUUGGAACAGGCAUCAGUGCAGCCGUCGCUCCUCAAGUGCCAGCCUUGAAGUCUUGGAAGGGCUUAAUCCAGGCCCUGCUGGAUGCUGCAAUUGACUUUGACCUUCUGGAAGAGGAGGAGAGGAGAAGAUUUCAGAAGUGUCUCGAGGACAAUAAAAACCUCAUCCAUGUUGCUCAUGAUCUGAUCCAAAAACUGUCUCCUCGCACAAGCAAUGUCAGGUCUUCCUUUUUCAAAGACUGCUUGUACGAGGUCUUUGAUGACCUGGAGUCCAAGAUGGAAGACACCGGGAAACAACUCCUGAGAUCAGUGCUUCACCUGAUGGGGGACGGUGCCCUUGUUCUGACCACAAACUUUGAUAACCUGCUGGAAAUCUAUGCAGCUGAUCAGGGGAAGCAGCUUGAAUCUCUUGACCUCACCGAUGAGAAAAAGGUCCUUGAGUGGGCACAGGAGAAGAGGAAGCUGAGUGUCCUUCAUAUUCAUGGAGUCUACACCAAUCCCAGUGGAAUAGUGCUUCAUCCUGCUGGUUACCAGAAUGUCCUACGCAAUGUAGAAGUUAUGCGGGAGAUCCAGAAGUUGUACGAAGCCAAAUCUUUCCUGUUCCUAGGCUGUGGUUGGACUGUGGAUGAUACAACCUUCCAAGCCCUCUUCCUAGAAGCUGUGAAACACAAAUCAGAUCUGGAGCACUUUAUGCUCGUACGUCGUGGGGAUGUGGAUGAAUUUAAGAAACUCCGGGAGAACAUGCUUGACAAAGGGAUUAAAGUCAUCUCCUAUGGGGAGGAAUACACAGACUUGCCUGAAUAUUUUGAGAGGCUGGCAAAUGAGAUCUCCAGCCGGGGUCAAGCGGGUCCACUUCAGGAGGGACAACUGAAUGGCACAGUUACCGUGCGUAUUGAAAGCAAAGGGAGGAAUACUUUUUAAAAAGGGAACUUCCAUGUUUUACAAGACACCUUAGCUUGGUAAGAACUCCCUGAACUAUGGAAGAAACCUGGUUUGGUCAGGUGAAACAGAUUGUGUGUGCUUCCUUGUGUAGAGUAACUAGGGGAAUAUCCAGGAGUUUGUCCAUUCGGUUGCCGGGGUUGGACCCAGCCGAAUGGGGCCUACAGGGCACAUUGAUAUUGUUCCUGGUUUAUUAAUGCAGAAAUGCUCCUGAUCACUUAAUAGACCCCAUAAGCUUAGGAACAGGAAGCACAUGCAACAACUUGGGUUCCCAGUUCUGUUCAUUGCAGGAUCCCCUUGUGAAAAAAACGCCUAGCCUGUUUCAGCAUCAAGAAUCCAUGGGUGAGGGGUAUCACUUCUGCUAAGAGAAGUAACAUGAUGCACAGAGGGCCUGCAUUUCAUUUGUAGACUCUAGUCCUCUCGCGCAUCACUCUUACAUGGCUAGAAUUUGGCAGAAUGUCCCGAAGCUGUCCUAAGUUAUCACUCCAUAAACUUGGUGUUGUGCGAGAGGAUGGAUCCCAUUGUUGUGACAAUCGGUGGUUUGCCAUAUGGUGGCAAACUUGGAACAUGUGCCUUUUCAGUCUUCUGGGGCUAGCUUGUUAAUCAUGUCAGCCAUUUGUGUAGUUACCAGCUCUUUCUGGUUCUCCACAUUCUUAGGAUGUCUUCCUUCAGUAAGGACUGACAGCAUCUGAAGGUACUGACUCCUCAGUGAGUAACUACGAGCGUGCUUGGCAUGUUGCCAGAGCAACACUGACUCCUCAGUGAGUAACUAUGAGCGUGUUUGGCAUGUUGCCAGAGCAACACUGACAUGCAAGUUCUGUAGAUCAGUGUUUCUCAACCUCAGCAACAUUAAGAUGUGUAGACUAUCCAUGCUGGCUGGGGGAAUUCUGGGAGUUGAAGUCCACACAUCUUAAUGUUGCUGAGGUUGAGAAACCCUGCUGUAGAUGAAGACAUUAUGCUGGGAACUCCUUCUGAGACAUGAGAUUUUCCCAGAGAUGUGUGAUGAAGGCAUGCUGAUCAAGACAUGGUGAUCUCAUUUUCUAUUUAGGGCUUGUAUCAAUAAGGAGAUCCAGCCUCUCCUCAAAACUGAGUGUUUAGUACUACUACUUUGAUAUUCUGUAAAAUUUAGACUGAACCACAUGAACAUUUUUUAAAAAAUAAGUGAAGCUCUAAUUUUUUAAAUCUUUCUUUGUAUAAAUGUUUUAUACAUUUUUUUUAAAAAAAAGUUUACUUGUCUCUGAUUUACAUGUGCUUUACAUAAAUUAUGGCUGUUAAUAAUGGUGGUAGUCUGCAUAAGCAGCAUACUUUUGGUUAACUAACCCAUGGUUUACAUAACUACCCAAUUUUCUGGGUUUGCAUGAUACAAUGUGCUAAAAUAUAGUUGGCUAAUUUGUGGUUCAGCUGUUUGCUGCAGUUAAGAAAGCUGGUCUGAAGCUAGCUGGGCUGGACACGUUAACCAUAUUUUGUCUGCUUUCAUGUAUUAUUAAGUUGUGACCUUUUUAAGCUAUUGUUUGCUGAACAAACUAAUGUCUUGGUUUGUGUAUGACACUAAGCCAAAAAUAAACCACAUGAAGGCU